CCCGUGCCGGCACCCACGCUUCCAACAAGACUUGGCGCCAAACGCGCGCGGAGAGCAGCAGCAAGGUCAGCACCUGUACGAGGAAUAGAAGCUGCUUGGAGAGCUGCACCAAAGCGUCGCCGUCGCAGACAAAAGCCCGUCCGUGAGCAACCCCACGGUUUGAAGGCAUCCGGUACCGAGGUCAUGUAUUCAUACCGCAGUACUCGCGUUGCCAUGGCCAAGGCUGCCGACCGUGGUGACGAUGCCAUCCCGGUCUUGAUCGACUGCUUCGCCCGAGCAGUGCAGAACAAGUCUUGGAUGAGAGUGAGCAGAGACGAGCUCAAUCGACUUUGCGAGAUUGCCUACGAGCUGCUUGAAAAGGAAUAUCUGACUGGUGCUGGUAGAGACAUUGUUGAGCUCGUGAUGAGUAUGGCUGCCGAUGCUUGCUACAGAAAUCGUCCGACACACUUCCAUCCAUUCUUCAAUAAUCGUACUGGUGCGUGUUACGGCAUUCGUUCGAAGCACGUCAAAGCAGCGGUCAAAGUCGUCAAGUCUCUUUACGGCCAAGAAGCCAAGAGAGGCCACGAACCAGGUUUCGCUCGAGAAGUGAAGAAGGCCGAGUACAGCUUGGCAGCCGUGGUCGGAUGGUUUGCAAGAGCUGAUGGCAGCAUGAACAAGAAAGAGUAUGAGUUCCUCCGCCAGAAGUUCCCAUGGCGCAGUUUCAACAAUGCAGCCGAGUACGACAUGGUCAACCCUGAGCGUUUGGAUGUGUUGCUUCUGUUGCAGACGUGGGUCUGA